AUGGUAGGAAUAUUCGAAAAUCAUUAAACCUCAAUAACUUUGAACAAAGUUCCUGCUUAUCGAGGGCAAUGUAAUUAGAAGUAUGAAGAUCUUGAUGAUGCUAGUAAGGUUAACACUCUAUUUUUAAGAUCCUUCAUCUAAAAUUACUCUAAUAGCAGAUUUGGUAUACAAUCUGACUUUACAGAAACAGUUUAUCCUACAAUAGAUUAUAUGAUGCCUCCAUAUAUUGAUGAUCAUAAAGGAAUAAAACAUUUUUUCCCAAUAAUAAUGAACUUUUAAGAUUACAACAUUGAUGUUUUUAAUGUAAGACCUAAGACUUACGCUGACGGUAUUCAACAAAUAGGAUCCAUGCUUGCUUUACUAGGCUUAACAUCUACUAUGCUGUUUAUUCUCAAUAGAUAUUUCUUUAACAAAAAGUUAAGUUAGAGGUUGAAAAAGAUAAAUGGAUUGGAAAAUGAAACAUUAUAGGAGCUUUUGACUUUUGAUACAUUUUGCAAUAUGAAGAAAUAGAUUGAUUUGCAGCAAAGUAAAAUUGAUUAGUUGGUUAUUACAGUUUAAAGUUUGCAAAGAGAAUAAUAAGAUUUUGAGUUAUCCAGUGAUGGUGAAACCAAGACUUAAAACUUUUUCUUUUCAAAAUCCAAUGAAAAGAAUAAGAGAACUUCAGUAUUUCAGAAUAUUCAAUGA